AUGGACGGCGUGGAUCUGUCGAAAUGCCUGUGCGAGGCGGGCGCGGUGGAGUGGAUCCGCGACUGGUUUCAGGACUGCGUGUACACGCGAUGGGACCUGCUCUCCUUCCUGCUGGGCCUCGCCUCCAUCGGCUGCUGGCUCGUGGCGCAGCUGCCGCAGUUCAUUCAGAACAUCCGAGUCGGCUCCGCCGACGCGCUCUCGCCCUGGUUCCUCUUCCAAUGGCUCUCCGGCGAUCUGCUGAACCUGCUGGGCUGUCUGCUGUCGGGCAGCCAGCUCAUCACGCAGACGUUCACCGCCAUCUACUUCAUCUUCGCCGACUGCUGCAUCAUCGCGCAGUACGUGUACUAUCAACUGAAGAACCGCGACUCGCUCGAGCUGGACGCGGACUGCAUGUCGCGCGCGCCGUCGCAGCAGGACGGCUUCAUCGCCGCCGCCGCCUUCUCCUCGCCCUCCGCCGCCCUCCGCCGCCCGCUCCUGUCCGCCAGGCCCGUCGCGCCCGCAGAUCACGCGGACGCCGCCAGCAGCAACGGGGCGGUCAGCAGAGCGCUGUCUGUAGUGUCGCCGCCCAGGACGAAGCCACGGCGUGCUGUGGAGGAAAUCCGCGCUUUAGAGAACGAGCUGCCUUACAGAGAGGUUGAGGGUGGCGGGGUAGCGGCAGCGACAGCAGAGCAUGAGAGUCACAUGCACAGACCGAAGCAGCAGCAGCAGCAGCAGCAGCAGCACCGGCACGAGCACCACAACUACCACCCUGUGUCGUUCUUAGCUGGCCGCUCAGGCGCUGUGCUCCUCGCCCACGCCUGGCAGGGCCCCCACCUCCCCUCCGACCCCCGGCCCCUUUCUCUCCCACCUCCCCAAGGCACAGGCGCAGCCGGAGCUGAAACAGGCGAGGCAGGAGGGGCAGACGUGACAGAAAAAGCAGACGUGGCAGGGAAAACAGACGUGGCAGGAAUAGCAGACGUGGCAGGAAAAGCAGACUUGGCAGGAAAAGUAGUAGGUCGGCGGCUCAAUGCUUCUGGGCGGAGAGAACAGGGCGCAGGAGCGCGGGGGGAGGAGCGGGGCAGGUUGUUGCGGAUAGCUGAGGAGGGGGAAGGGCGGGCGGACCUGUUCCCCGUGGCGUCAGACAAUACAGGCGGAAGGGCGGACGGGGCAGGGGUGGUGGGAGAUCGCAGCAGGAGACGUGCGACUGGUGAUGAGGCCGGGGGAGCAGAGGGGCGCAGGGGUGGGGGCCAGGCGGGGCGAGUGCAGUUCGAGGAGCAAGGGGGGAUGGGCGGAGAGGGCGCGGGGGGCGAGGGGCGGAGGCGCAGGGCGUACAGCGGGCGGGAGGAGGGGACAGCUGCUAAGGGAGGAGGUGCCUCGGCUGCUGUACCAGGUGCAGCUGCCACCGUGCCUGCUGCCACUGGGGAAGGGGCAUCAGAGGGAGGUAGCGCGUCUGGUGGAGGCGGGCCCAGGUCGCAGAAGGCAGGGGCGCUGUCUCUGCUGCUGGGCUCGCUCAUGCUGCUGGCCCUCGCCUCCUCUGCAAUCAACCCUGCAGGGCAAGGAGAUUCGCUCACAGCUGAGCUCAGUGGUGGUGGUGGUCCGUGCACAGGGGGCAGGUGCAGCAGGGCAUGGUGGGGAACAGGUGAGCCCAGCAAGUUCAUUCACCAGCUGGGCCUCAUGCUCGGGUGGGUGUCAGCGGGCUUCUAUCUGGGCUCGCGGGUGUCGCAGAUCUGGCAGAACGCAGAGCGCGGGUCAGCAGAGGGCCUGUCCAUGGCCAUGUUUCUCUGUGCCUUCUGCGGCAACCUCACCUACGGCACUGCCAUUCUGCUGCGCGCCCCUUCUCUGGCGGCAUUGAGUGGCAACCUGCCAUGGCUGGUGGGCAGCAUGGGGACUCUCUCCCUAGACAUCACCAUCUACCUGCAGGCCCAGUUUCUGAGUUGCAAGAAGGAACACUCAUCGGUCGUUCGCCCCAUCACUGUCUUAUGA